AUGGGUUCACCUGAGAAAAGAUCAAAGGAUGUUGUCAUGAGAGACAUACCAACCUUCAGUGCUGAGAAUCUUCAGAAAAAUCUCAAAGUCAUUCAGAACAGCCGGACCUUUCUGUCUAUUAUUGCUGGAGUCCUUGCUGGAAUUAUUGGAUUCACUGGCUUGACUGGUUUUGUGUUUUACUUUGUGGUGAUGUUGAUCACAUCAGUUGGGCUCAUCGCUAAAGCAGGAUUCUCAGCUGACUUGUACUUUGAUUCAUGGAACCGAGUCCUUUUUGAUGGCUUUCUUGGCGGCCUUAUGUCCUUUGUGCUCUUCUGGACGUAUCCUUUUUAA